CGGGGGUCGUGGGUCGCGGAUGGCGAGCUCGUGAUGUGGCCGUGCCCGGAGCCGACGUCUGCGGGUCCGUCCGGCUGGUGGAGUCUUCUAACUGAAGAGAUCGUCACCUAACCUGUAACCUCUCUGGGCUAAUGCUUUGAGCGCUACCUUCAUUUCACCAUUUUGGAAGGUCCCUCUUUGACUUCGGACCCAGUCCCAAGAAAAACUGGACUUCUCCUGCAUCAAAUACAGGCUUUUCUUUCAAGAUCAACAUAAAACGAUGAAGUCCUCUGUACACGCAGAAGAAGAUGACUUUGUGCCAGAGCUUCAGAGGAGCAUUCAUCCUCGUGAGAGACCAGAUUGGGAAGAGACCCUCAGUGCAAUGGCAAGAGGUGCAGAUAUCCCAGAUAUUACAGGGGAGCUGCCACUUCGGACAUGUGGCAGCACAGCAAGCAUGAAAGUGAAGAAUGUGAAAAAAUACACCCACCCAGGACUGAUGGGCUGUGAUGCCUUUCACAGGUUAUCCUUUACCAAGGGCCACUUCCCGAAGAUGGCUGAGUGCGCACACUUCCAUUAUGAGAAUGUGGACUUUGGCAACAUACAGCUUUCGCUCCCAGAGGAACAGAAUGAAGUAACAAGAAACGGCUGCGAAUCCAAGGAACUAGUCUACCUUGUGCAAAUCUCGUGUCAGGGCAGAAGCUGGAUUGUAAAGCGGAGUUAUGAAGAUUUCAGAGUACUCGACAAACAUCUCCACCUGUGUAUUUAUGACCGGCGCUUCUCCCAGCUCUCAGAGCUACCCCGCUCCGAUGCCCUGAAGGACAGUCCAGAGCUGGUCACCCAGAUGCUGAUGGCUUAUCUGUCACGGCUCUCGGCCAUUGCAGGCAACAAGAUCAACUGUGGGCCUGCUCUCACAUGGAUGGAGAUUGACAACAAGGGGAAUCACCUCCUAGUCCAUGAAGAAUCGUCCAUUAACGUUCCUGCCAUUGCUGCUGCCCAUGUUAUUAAGAGAUACAUUGCUCAAGCAGCAGAUGAACUGUCCUUUGAGGUGGGAGACAUUGUGUCUGUUAUUGACAUGCCUCCAAAGGAGUUGACCACGUGGUGGAGAGGCAAACAUGGAUUUCAGGUGGGAUUCUUUCCUAGCGAGUGUGUUGAACUAAUUAACGACAAAGUUCCUCAGUCUGUGACUAACUCAGUGCCAAAACCAGUGUCAAAAAAGCACGGCAAGCUCAUCACCUUCCUGCGUACCUUCAUGAAGUCUCGCCCAACAAAGCAGAAACUGAAACAGCGCGGGAUCCUGAAGGAGAGAGUGUUUGGCUGUGACCUGGGAGAGCAUCUCCUCAACUCGGGCCAUGAUGUCCCCCAGGUCCUCAAAAGCUGUACUGAAUUCAUUGAGAAACAUGGCAUUGUGGAUGGAAUUUAUCGUCUCUCUGGGAUUGCAUCCAACAUCCAGAAACUACGCCACGAGUUUGACUCUGAGCAGAUCCCCGACUUGACUAAAGAUAUUUACAUCCAAGAUAUCCAUUGCGUAGGCUCCCUGUGUAAGCUCUACUUCCGGGAGCUCCCGAAUCCCCUGCUCACGUAUCAGCUCUAUGAGAAGUUCUCAGAUGCUGUUUCUGCUGCUACAGAUGAAGAACGACUGGUUAAAAUUCACGAUGUCAUCCAGCAACUGCCUCCACCUCACUACAGGACGCUGGAGUUCCUAAUGAGGCACUUGGCUCGUCUAGCUGAUUAUUGCUCCAUCACGAAUAUGCACACCAAGAACUUAGCAAUUGUCUGGGCACCAAACCUCCUAAGGUCAAAGCAGAUCGAGUCUGCCUGCUUCAGUGGAACAGCUGCCUUCAUGGAGGUGCGAAUCCAGUCAGUGGUUGUGGAGUUCAUCCUGAAUCAUGUGGAUGUCCUCUUCAGUUCCAAACUCAGCUCAGUCAUACGAGAUGGGGCAGGUCACAGCUCCUUAUCACGGCCUAAAUCGCUGCUAGUGUCAUCUCCCUCCACCAAGCUGCUCACGCUGGAGGAGGCCCAAGCACGGACACAAGCCCAGAUCAACUCCCCUAUUGUGGCAGACAGUAAAUACAUCGAAGUAGGAGAAGGCCCUGCAGCCCUGCAGGGGAAAUUCCACACGGUCAUAGACUUCCCCGCUGAAAGAAAAAGACCACCCAACAAGAUGAAGAAGUCCCCAGUGGGUAGCUGGCGCUCCUUCUUCAACCUGGGCAAAUCGUCUUCUGUGUCCAAGCGCAAGCUGCAGCGCAACCCAAGUGAGCCCUCUGAGAUGAAAGCCAUCGCCCUGGCUGGGGGAAGAGGAGACAGCGGAACGCUCCGCUCGGCUAAAAGUGAGGAGUCUCUCACAUCUCUGCAUGCUGUUGAUGGUGAAUCCAAGCUGUUCCGGCCCAGAAGACCCCGAUCCAGCAGUGAUGCGUUGUCUGCUUCCUUUAACGGGGAACUCCUGGGAAACAUGAACCGCUGCAAUUCCUAUGAUAAUUUGCCCCAUGAUGAGAGUGAUGGGGAUGAGGGGCUGAUUCAUGUUCCUGCCCUCAUCUCUCCUCGAUCUGCUGAAGAUGUUGACCUGAGCCCACCAGAGAUUGGAGUAGCCAGCCUGGAUUUUGACCCCAUGUCUUUUCAGUGUAGCCCACCCCAGGCAGAGUCUGAGUGCCUGGAUAGCAGUACUUCCAUGCUGGAGUCAGUGGGCAUCAGCAAGGACAAGCCAAGUGCAGGGAAGAGGGAUUUGGAGUCUGGCAGUCAAUCUCAGACCCCUGGCAGCGCCACAAGCUCUGAACCAGUCUCCCCGCUCCAAGAGAAGAUGAGCCCCUUUUUCACGCUGGACAUGAGUCCAACUGAGGAGAAGGCCUGUAAGCCUCUCUCAUUCUCUGAGAAAGUUGCCCAUGCCUUCUCACCUAAACUGGGGCGAAAGCCACUCAAGUCUCCACCGCUGACUAUAUCGGAGCCAGUCUCAUUUACACUGCCCAACCGGGUGUCAGAAGUGAUUGGAGGGGUGCCCCACACAGCAGGGAAUACCACUUCUCCAAACUGGAGCAAGGGGAUCAGUAUCAAUGAAGCCACCAACAGGUCUCCAACCCAGAUAUCCUUGCCACUGAAAGCCAGCGAGAUGGGAGCAAAUGAAGGAUGCCAUCCAGAGGUACACACCCAAGUGGCUGCUGGCAAACCAGAGUUGCCAGAUGAAGGGGCAAAACCAAUGCCAGUCAGUCAGAAUAAGACUGCACCCUCAGGACACGCUCAGCCAGGAGCGGUUGCCCUCGACUCCCCUCAGGAUCCCGUUCCUGUCAGUUCUGUGUCUCUGAUCCCUCCUCCUCCUCCAAAAAAUGCAGCGCGUAUGCUAGCCCUAGCAUUAGCGGAGUCUGCACAGCAGGCUUCUGCUCAAUCCCAGAAGAAGCCAGGGGAGGCUCAUUCUGACUGUGCAAAUUACGGAGAGACUGAAACUGGUACAGCUCUAGAAAAGCUCCACCUCUGUGCUGGUGCUGCCCCGGACAAGCUGCAUCUUUACACUGGUGUGGCUGAGAACAGGCUCCACUUCCAGACUGGUGCAUCUGGAGAUUGCUUCCAGAAUGGGGCACCGGUAGACAAGGAUCUCCACAGUAGUGGCACACCUGGGGAUCAUAACCAUUUGCAUUCAGGCACAUCUGGAAACCAAGACCAUCACUCACACCUCCAUACCAGCAUGCCUGGGGAUGCACCUAGUGGCAAAGACACAGAGCGGGACCACUUCGCCUUCCAUACUGUAAUGGGGGACAAGGAUCUCUUCCCCUCCCAGCUCAGGGAUCGGGACCACGUUCACCCCCAUUUAGGCAUACUACUUGACCAGGAACCAUCUGCAACAGAUGUGCCUACAGACAAGUCCCAUCUGCGUACCUGCGUACCUGUGGACAAAAACCACAUCCCUAGCUGCGCAGCUGAAGACAGAUUUCAGCUUUCUUCUGUAACUGGAGAGAAUAUCACUAUGGCUACAAUGACAUAUGUUACAACUAUUCAGACACCAGCAACCACAGCAGGGCAUGGAACAGCUGGUCAGCUUGCUGGUGUUGAACCCACCACCCAGGCAGACAUUAUUGUCACCACGACUCAGCGCACUCUAACAACCAGCCAAGCAGUUUUAUCUCAGAGGCCAGGAGACCACCAGCCGGCAAUGGGACAAGUUCCAGCAGCAACCACUAAAGGACCAAGUAGUUCCAACCAUGUACGUGGAGCAGUAGCUCCAGAAAAGCCGCCUGAGCCUCGAGUAGCUGAGCCUGCUCCCAUUUUCACCACCGAAAGCAGCUGUGCUCCCCGGUGUACCUCGUCCACUCCCGUGUCCUACCAGGGCCACUUAGAAAAGCCCCGGGAGAACACGAGGGCUCCUGCUUUGCAUCUUCGGUCCGAGUCGGUCCCUGGUCACUCCUCCUAUGGCUUCACGCCCCCAGUUCCACCCGUGAGAACACUGGAGAGUAAAAUUGCUGCAGCCAUGCACUCCAACAACGCUGAUGCUGUCAACAGCUCCAACUACCAUUCCUUCCUGGUUUCCUCCAUGCUGCCUUCCUCCAUGGAGGAUGCCUUGCCGCCGCCUCCCCCACCCAAGCAUGCCUCUCUGCAGUCUUUGUAUCUCGCCCAUUCCAAGUCAGAGAGUGCCCCUGAGCCCCCCGCCCCCGAGAAUUACCUGCACCACAAGCCAGCUUCCAUCCACCAGUACAGACCUGAGAGCGUCCCGCCACAUGUCUCCUACCACAGCAAGUCCGACCAGCAUCAAGCCUACGCCUCUAGGUCAGAAACCCCUACAUCCAUGGGCCCCCGGUAUAACACCUAUGCCACUCAAGGGAAGAGCACCUCAGCCCUUCACUCCAAGCCUCGAAGCCGGGCUGAAUUCGUGUCCUCCAUGAGCCCUACCACCAUGCGUAGCACCAGCUACACUGAGGAGGCUCCUCCCUACCCCACUAUCAGGAGGGUGCAAUCACUGCAUGUCCCUACCCCGUCUGCCUCCACUGCCACUAUCCGCUCCGUGCCCAUUUCACGGACAGAGGUGCCACCUGAUGACGAGGCAGCGUAUUGCCCACGGCCCCUCUAUCAAUACAAGCCAUAUCAGCCGCACUCGGAUUAUCAUGUCACCCAGCUGCAGCCAUACUUUGAGAAUGGGCGUGUGCAUUACAGGUAUAGCCCUUAUUCAAGCUCUGCUGGCUCCUCCUACUACACUGCAGCAGACGGGAGCUUCUACGACCUGGACCCUUACAGCACCAUGCGACUCAGGCAGUUCCACCCCCUUCCUAGCCGAGACUUUGCCUCGUACACCUCCAGGCUUCAGAGCAAGACUCUGUACCGUAAUCCCGGCCUGCCUGCCUACCCUCAGGGAGGCCUCAUCGGCCACCUGGCAGGGAAAGAGCACAGCUUUAUUAGCAGAGAUGUGCCCCCUGCCCCAGACAUCAAGCACGUGUACAUGUCUUGGGACCUGGAGGACAUGGAGAAGUACCGCAUGCAGUCCAUUCGCCGCGAGAGCCGCACGCGUCAAAAAGUGAAAGGGCCGGUGAUGUCCCAGUAUGACAACGUGGGCCCACUGCUGCCAGAAGAACUGGGGGGGCUGGAUGUCCUCCACCUGCGCAGCAAAUCAGAUCCUGGGAAAACUGGUCUCCUGACUGUGGCUGAAGGGAAAGAAGGGAGGUACCCAGCCAAGGCAGCCACCCCCGAUGGGGAGGAGCGCUACUAUGUGCAGCAUGUGGAGCCAGAGCCUGACCGAGCUCACUACCAUGGGACCUAUGGGAACGGGCAGGUGGAGAAGCCUUCCCUUCCUCAAAAGCAGAGCAGCUUUAGGAACAGAAAGUUGCAUGAGACAGGCUGCAGCGCCACCGAGCACAGGACGCACCUGCAGCAGGAAGCAAGCCAUAGGCAGACCUCAGAAUCCAAAAACGGCCCUCCUUAUCCGGACUACCGGCCAAAGGGUGGGCAGGAGCCCUGCUCUGAGCCCCUGAGCUACCAGCACUCAGGUGGGAAGUACGUCACAUCUAGCCAGGAGACCCUGAGGCUGAACCACAAGGAGAUGAGGGGUGCAGAGGACAGACCAGAUUUGGAAAGGUCUCGAGUCAGGCAGACCGCUCCUGUGGAGAAACACCCCAGAGACUGCUAUAAAGAGGAAGAGCACCGUGCCCCCCCUGUGGCGCCACCCCCCAAGCCAGAGCGGAGCCACAGCCUCAGAAUGCAGCACCCAGAGAGUAUAGAGAGGGACCCUGCCCUCCUCUACCCAUACCAAACCCUUGGCAAACGCCAAAGCACUAUGACAGUGGUGUCCCAGUACGAUAACCUGGAGGAUUACCAUAACAUGCCUCAGCACCAAAGAGGGGGCUAUGUCGGAGGAGGGGGCUUUGCGCCCCCCAGCUUUCCCCAUUCGCACAGUCGGACUUAUGCCACAGCCUUGGGCCAGGGGGCCUUCCUCCCCACAGAUCUAUGUCUGCAGAGGCCGGAGACAGAGGUGCAUGCUGAGUGAGCUGGGGGAAGGAGGGAUAGAGUCUUAGCAGCCUCUGCUGGACAGUGGACUGUUCUAUUUUUUCAGUGACAAAAAAAAAAAAAACAAAAAAACCCCAACCCUUCCCCAAUAAGCAAAAGCAAACCCUGCCCCCAGCCCACCACUAACUGUUUUUAUGUAGUAGAGGUACAGCUUUUUCCAUGUAGUUUGAGAGGUUGGCAUGAUCCUGCAGGCUGUUGGCAUGUAAAGAGACAACCCAGUCAUGAGGGCAGACCUGAGGCAUGGUGGGGAAGGGGCCAAGGGUUUUUCCUCCCCUGGUCUAACGUUACUUGGCUGCCAUAGCACUCUCGCUACCCCCGCCAUCAUCUUGUGCGUGAGGUGCUGGCGUGUGCAGCAGUUCUGGUAAAUCUGGAACAAAUGAGGUCAUGUUCCCAGCUCCUGGCCUCAGAGGAGUAGUUUGAAUGAUGCAUGCUGGGGGGGGGGGGGCCUCUGUCCUGACCCCUGUCAGGUGAAGCAGCAAAUCAGUCGUGUGCUAAAAGCUGUGGGGAAAGAGCAGCUUGUUGCCUUGCAGACAAUUCCUGAUGCUCUAGUGGGCUUAAUCCCAGCAUUUGGAAGCAAGCAGGAGUCUCUCCGCCGACUUCAGCAAGUGGGAUCGGUCCCAGAUGAAGGCAAGUGCUAUUGUAGGAUACAGGGGAGGACGUUUAAAGACUCACUUGACAAGCUGCUUCUGACCACAGAAAGGAUUUCCGCAGGAACUCAAGUAUCCAUGUUAAUCUCCCUGUUGACAAUGGAGACCAGCUUUGGUAGCUGGGGGGAGGCAGGUCUGUGUUUCUAACAUUGAAAGGAAAAACCCACACCCACCGCCACACCCAGCCCUUGAGAACAACACAUGCAUUUCACAAUUCCUCUUUACUGAUAGACUAAGGUCCAGACCAUUUAAUUCCAAGGAGUGGCUGGCCAUAUAAUGCCCUCCCUUUACAAUGUCACUGUAGGAUUAUGUCCAGCUUGUAAAGUAGAGCACAGGUUACCAGCUGGGAAUGAUUAUAUAAGCACCAAGUUAGCUGCAUGACCAGGUAUUUGCUCUGGGCCAAAUCCCACAGUCCCUAGUUCAGGGAAGACUCCCAUUGACUCUGGGAUAUGGCCUUCCAUAACUAUAGUACUGCAUUACCAAGGGAACCCCUGUGAAGUUGCUGCAAGUACAGAGUAGUUAAUGCUAUCUGUGCACUGUGAAAUAGUAUUGCCUCUGUUGUUGCAAGUGUAGUUCACACCAGUUUUCCGGCCAUCAGUGGGGACUAAAGGGCCAGUACACCUCUAUAAAACACUCCAGCAAUGUUGCCCUGUGUAUUUAAAGAGCUUUCUGUGUUGUAAAAGAAGCAAUGUCUGAUCUGCAGCUGCUUGAACUCCCAAGACUCAAAAGUCGCUGCAACCGCCCCAUCUAAGACACAUGCAUUUUGUUAACCAGGGCUUGCUAGCAGCACCUGAAUUGUAGGAGUUUUAAUGUGCUGUGACAGCGGGGCCUUUCCUUGUUCUGCUUGGUCAAAAAUGGCACUACUUACUUUGGACCUCCAAGGUGUUGUGUCCUUUUUAAGAAAACACCCAGAGGUUUUCUUAAAGGUCCCACAGCUGGUGCAUAGCUCACACUGGAUCUUUAGACAGAAGAGUUCAUUGCUAUUUUUGGCUUUUAAGUAGGAAUAAGAACUUACCACAUCUCAGAGGAACACCCCAUGGCUAGUAGCUAACCAGUCGUUAGCCAUUUGUUUCCUUUUGAUCUUGUUGCCUUGUUUGGGCCUGUUUCAUUAAUGGGACCUUGUUAGUCCUAUUUUGUUGUGUGAUGCAUUGUUUUAAAGAUUGUUUUUUCAUACAUAGAGUUGUUCUUAAGUGUUAUGGAAAUAAAUCUGGUGAGGAAACAACAAACACUGUGAUCCAGGUUACCAUGAUCCCAUUCACCCUAGGUAAUGGGUUUACGCCUAUUAGUUGGGAGGAGGCCAGUGAGGAUUGCACAGCUGUAGCUAAUUGCUACCCCAAACCAAAACCAACUUGAAAAUGUAUUGUUCCCCUUCACCUAUGGAAAGGAGAGCCCCUUGUGUGUUCCCUGCCAUCCGUCCCAUCAGUCUCUUGACAAAGCGUUGACUGAAGCAGCUUCUUACAUGUCAGAGGAUGCAAAAUUGUGGUUUUGACUUUUCUUGUUCAAACGCACAGACACGCACACAAACACACAAAAAAGGUGGCUUAGGCAUGUGACUUUUUUCCAGAACCUUGUGCUACAGAAGUCUGAUGCGAAAGGCAUGGCAUAGUUCAAACAUAUGUGCCCAGUUCCCCCAUUGUGUGUGAGAAAUCUUGCAUUGUACAGUUUUAGUGCAAAACAAAAGGACAAGAAAGGGUUGUCUGGCAGUUCACUUCCCUGCUAUAGAAAACUUGAUUUUUCUUGCCUGGAGCCGCAUGAGCGAAGCACCCAGAAAGCCUUGGGUUACCUUCAGAGUUCCCUUCACUUUAAUUUAUAUAGUGUCUUAUUUUUGUGUUCAUUUUUUUUUUUUUUUUGUGAAUUGGUGUAAAAUGUAUAUGCCGACAAGCUCAUGUAUUUUUAUGUAAAUAUUUUUGUGGUUUCCCACCAAACUUCUCUGUAAAUAUUUAGAUUCUCAUUUUCUUCCCACCGUGUACGAUGCGGAUGUGGUUUUGUUUCUGUUUUUUAUUUGUACUGUAAUGCAAUGAUCCAGACUGAGGUGUCUUGUGGUAUUAAACAAAAAGCAACAGUCCCACUGAGCUCACACUCAGAUGUACAACUCAACCGCAUUAAUCAAGCCAGGGUAAAACCUACUUCUUUGCGUUCACGUGUGUUUGUGCCUCUGCCUUGUUAAUUAACAGUAACCUAGCCGAAGGACACAGGACAUGGAAACGCUAGCUUAGGAGCCACGCACUCUUGGGGGCCAGAUUAUUCAGACGAUGAGAGGGGUGAAGACUGCGUGUGCCAAGGCUCUUGUGAACCACUGUCCUUUGCUCCAUCCUAGUGCUUAUCUGUUCAGCUACGCCUGUGGCAUAACUGUUCUGAAAAGAAAACAAAAAUAAAUCAUCCGUGGCUUU